UGAUAGGCCAACAAGUGCGCCAAUGUUCCUUUCGGUAAAUUGUCCUAAUCAAUCAGAUUUCCGAUCAGUCUCCGGUCAGACUUACAACCGAGCAUACGCGACCACCGAACACAAACGCACAGAAAAUUCUUAAUCGCGCUACUAGAGUGAACAAGGUGAUAAAUCGUUAUCAGAAGUGAAUUUGCGAAAAUGUUGCGCCUGCUGAAAUCGACGACGAUCUUCGGUUCCCGGUUUGGUUUCCGUUGUGCCACCAGCGUACCGCGGAAAUGUGCCCAACCGUUCAGCACCCAGCCGGCAGCAGGUUUCGAGAGGAACAUCGUGGAAUCCCCGUACAAUGUGCAAAUUCCGAAGCUCUGUGCGACCGAUUACAUCUUUCACGACGUCGCCAAAGUAGCUGAUAAACCAGCCGUUACUUGCGGCUCCAGCAAGCGGAGCUACAACUAUGGCAUGAUUUACGAGAUGACCCGACGGAUGGCCCACGCUCUGCUGGCGCAGAAAGGAUGUGCCAUGCGCCCGAAGGAGGUUGUCGGCGUUCUGCUACCGAACAUUCCGGAAUUCGUACCGGCCCUGCACGGCAGCCUGCUGGCCGGGCUGACCGUCACCUUUGCGAAUCCCCUCUACACACCGGAGGAAAUCUGCCGGCAGUUCGAUAACGCCAACGUUCGGCUGAUUGUCACCCUGCCAGUGCUGCUUCCGGUGGCUCAAGUGUACAAAGGCAAGGCGAAAAAAUACCGAGGGACAGUCUGCAUCGGAGGCAAGCACAACUUCGAUGAGAACGUGUUCGGAUUCCAGCAGCUUCUGAUGGAGGACCACCGUUCCGAGCUGCCAGUGGUAGAUCCCGAAGAAACGGCCAUUUUACCCUACUCGUCCGGCACAACCGGUGUGCCAAAAGGAGUGGAGCUUACACAUAACAAUUUAGUGGCCAAUUUGGCUCAGGGUACGCAUCCCGAGAUGAACAAGUACUACCGGCCAGAAUUUGAGGGAGAAACUGACACCAUACUAACGGUACCACCAUUUUUUCACAUCUACGGGUUCAACGCCAUCUUGAAUUCGUGUCUCAAAUCAAGGAAUCAUCUGGUGUCGAUACCAAGAUUCAUCCCGGAGGACUACAUCCAAUGUCUAGUGGAAUUCCGUCCGCAGUUCCUGUUCGUGGUACCCUCGCUGAUGCUGUUCCUAGCCACCCAUCCCAAGGUAACGCCGGACCACCUGGCGAGUGUAAAAAUGCUAGGCGUAGGUGCAGCGGCAGCAUCCGUGCAGCUGCAGGAAAAGUUCAAAAGCAAAUGCGGCCAUGAUGUGCAAAUUAUGCAGGGCUACGGCAUGACCGAGAGUUCCCCCAUUACGCUGUGCACGCCGUACCUGACUGACCAGUCAAAAGCGGGCACCUGCGGCAUACUGUACCCGAACACGCAAGCCAAGAUCGUAUCGCUGGCGGACGGCAGUAACCUCGGAGCGCAUCAGUCCGGCGAGUUGCACGUUCGUGGUCCGCAGAUCAUGAAGGGUUAUUUGAACAAUAAUCCGGCGACACGCGAAACCCUAGACGACGAGGGAUGGCUGCAUACCGGCGAUGUAGCCUACUACGAUCAGGACGGUUACUUUUACAUCGUCGAUCGCACCAAGGAACUCAUCAAAGUCAAAGGCAAUCAGGUAUCGCCAACGGAACUAGAAAAUCUAAUUCUGGAAUUGCCCGAAGUGGGGGACGUCGCUGUAGCCGGUAUACCGGACGAAACGGCGGGAGAGCUACCGCGGGCCUAUGUGGUGCUAAAGCCGGGCACCGAUCUGGACGAGCAAGUGAUUAUCAAUCACGUGAAAGGCCGGGUGGUCAAGUACAAACAGCUGGCCGCCGGUGUGAUGUUUGUUAAGGAAAUUCCACGCAACGUUGCCGGAAAGGUUCAACGCCACCAGUUGCACCUUCUUGGUGCACAGCUGGAGGAGUAAGCGUGGAAGUUUGGUCUCCUAGCUAGCGCUGCUAGGAUUAAUGUUUGUGGUUAUCUUAGCUAAUAGGAAAUUAUACAAGUAACUAGCUACUUUCUUAUAAAUGUUAAAUGUCAUGUUAUUGUGUUUUUGCAGGUUAGGUUGUGUGGAAGAGAGGAAGAGCAAUGAAAAU